GGUCUUCAAAAAGUUAGGGUUCACCUGACAUGAUUAUUAUUUUUGGGUGUGUGUGGAUAGUAUUUACAAAUUACAACUAGGGGGAGUACUUAUCAAUGAAAGUGUAAAAUGGAAGCAGACUACGUGCAGAGGUUUCACAGGCAUCAGCCCAAAGAUUACCAAAGCUCUGCCACCGUUAUGAAGCACAUCAAAGCCUCCACUGACAUCGUUUGGUCACUGGUGAGGAGAUUUGAUGAGCCACAGAAGUAUAAGCCAUUCAUCAGCAGGUGCACGGUGAAGAAGGAGGGUGAAGAUGUAGGGAUAGGGAGUGUGAGAGAGGUGGAUGUCAAGUCAGGCCUUCCAGCUACAACCAGCACUGAAAGGUUGGAACUUCUUGAUGACCAGGAACAUGUUCUUGGAAUCAAGAUUGUUGGUGGCGAUCACCGACUAAAGAACUACUCAUCGGUCAUAACGGUGCACCCGGAGAUGAUAGAGGGGAGCCCGGGGACGCUGGUGAUCGAGUCGUUCCUGGUGGACGUGCCUGAAGGGAACACGCGAGAGGACACCUGCUACUUUGUGAAGGCCCUCAUCAACUGCAACCUCAAGGCUCUGGCUGAUGCCUCGGAGAGGAUUGCGGCUCAGGGCAUAUGGGGCUGAUUCUUAGCUUGCUUCUUGUGACACUUUAUGCAUACAUACAUAUAUGUUGGGAUUGUAGAGAUAUGAUUGCUUAGAAGCAGAUCCACUCUCCCAAUGGCAUUAUAUAUUUAUGUUAUAGUGAGUGAGUAGUUCAUAUAUAUUCCUCUAAUUAAUCAUCUAGCUAGGAAAUCAAUGGGCUUUUGAUAUAUAUAUAUGCUGUAAAUAAGAAAUUAUGGUUGGCUUUUGAUGGAAGCCUAGCUGCCAAGUUUGAUAUAUGAUAUGAUUGAGCAAAUUAAAUAAUGAGUGAUGCAUGGU